CUUGAUCUGUGUGUCCUGCUGGCGCUUUGAGGUGUGUGAGAACUUCUAAGGAGACUUGAGAGGAAGCGCUCACACGUGGAGGGAACAAACGGAGCUCCGACUUUUGAGGAGAAACGACAACUUUGUCCGUUUCUCGGUUGUUGUGAGACUAUUGUUAGAGUCAAUGUUAUCAAAUGACCCCAUUAUGUGAUCCCUCCAACGUUUUUGCGCGGCUGUGAUCAAGAGGAAAAAGGAAGGAGGGUCAUGGAGGAACCUUGGAGGAGGACGCAGGCGGUCAGAUGGGAUCUACUGAGAAACUUGGUGUUUUGUUUUUUCUCUGGUGUCAGCGAGGCCAGGUGCCAUGGCUGCAUGGAGUACUGUUGUGAAGGCUCGCCGCCAUUCUGCUGCUCCUACUAUGCCUACGUUGGAGACAUCCUUUCGGGCACCGCCAUCUCUGGGAUCGUGUUCGGUGUGGUGUUCCUGAUGGGCGCCAUAGCCGCCUUGUUCCUGUGCGUGUGCAUGUGUGUGAAGAACGGACACGGUGCCCGGGUGGGCGUGUUCAGCACCUCUUACAUCAACACUGUGACGCAGGGAUGCCCAGGUCCUCCACCUCCAUACACCUACGACUGCGAGAUGCUCCCUCCUCCGCCUUACACACUGACUCAGUCCGGGCCGGCCAACUCAUCUCCCCCUCCUCCUUACCCAGGAUGCACGAGCAAGUAAUUUUGGCCGGCUGAAAUGAAACAUUCCCGUGCUGACUUUGCAGGCCGGAAAAGAACCUCAGGUGCUUAGAGCAGGUGCAAUAAUGCUUCAGCAAGCAGGUCAUCAGAGCAAAAUCAAACCGCGUUAAGCUGCUUGAUAUAUUAAAAAAGCGCAGUGUUGAGGGAUGAAUAAUAAUUUAAGUCAAUGUAGGAGGAGGACAUUGAGGCACUGCUAGCCUGCAGCCAUUUAACCAAAACGCUUGAUCAUUCUCUGGCUGUGCACUUCAAAGGUACUGAGGGGCCUUUUUUUGAAGGUGCAGAUUACUUUCCUUUUUUUGCGCCAUGCAGAAAGUCUUUCCAUUACAUGGUUUUAACUUGUUCUGCAUUCAUUUGCAGCAUGCAGGAUGGGGAAUAAUUUUACUUGAAUUGUGAACUGGGCUUCCACUCUGAACAUUUGUGAAACAUUUAUGAUGUGCUCUUUUUAAUGUGUUGGAUGUAUGGUGGAUGCUACUUUACUGCUAUUCAUGAAUAAAUAA